AUGAUACGUUAUUUGAUAGUUAACUGGGAUCGUAGAGACACUUACUUGUAUGUUAACUAUAGGUUGUCCUCGCGGCGUCAAUAUGUACAAAAGGCGGGAAAGUUUAGAGAAAUGCCACGUGCCAGAAUUGAAGGUCUACUUGCAUCUUUCCCAAAGUUAACUAGCACUGGACAGCAACAUACUACUAUCGAGACUGAACAUGUUCGAUAUGUUUAUCAACCACUUGACGAGCUUUAUAUGGUUCUUAUUACGAAUAGACAGUCUAAUAUUUUACAAGAUAUCGAUACUUUACAUCUGUUUGCUCGUGUGGUUUCGGAUGUAUGUCAUUCAACUGACGAAAGAGAAAUUUUAAGAAAUAGUUUUGAAUUGCUGAGUGCUUUUGAUGAAAUUGUGUCCUUAGGGUAUCGGGAAAAUGUCAAUCUUGCUCAAGUUAAAAGCAUUACUGAAAUGGAGAGUCAUGAAGAGAAAAUUCAAGAAAUAAUAGCAAGGAAUAAAGAACAAGAAGCUAAAGAAGAAUUAAAGAGAAGAGCUAAGCAAUUAGAAAUGCAAAAAAAGGAAAUGCUCAAAAGAGGAGGUGGCACUUCGUUUGGAAGCAAUUUUGGUCAAUCUAUUAGUAGACCAUCUUCUUAUUCUGAACCACAAGUACAAACAUCCUUUGAAGAAGGUAUACGUUCUACGUUUAGUAGCUCUCCGACGCCAUCGCCUUCUAAAGCCAAGGGAAUGCAAUUGGGCCGAAAACAAAAAGGAGCAGAUUUGUUUGAGGCGGUUAAAAAUGAAGUUGGGUUUGAAGAAGUAUCUGAAAAGGCUAGUGUUAGAGGUACUUCUAUUCCAAAAGUUCCCGUUGAAAGUGUUCACUUAUCAAUCGUCGAAAAGAUAUCUCUUCAGGCAAAUAGAGAUGGUGGUCUCGAAAAUUUAGAGGUUAAAGGAGAUUUGGAACUUACUAUUUCUGAUCCAAACAUGACACGAAUCAAGAUUUCUGUUCGUGCAGUUGAUGAUGGAAAUCUUCAAUUGAAGACGCAUCCAAAUGUUGACAAAAAAUUAUUUUCUACUGAUAGCAUUAUUGCUUUGAAAAACCCUGGUAAAGGAUUCCCUGUCAAUCAACCAUUGGGAGUCCUUAGAUGGCGAUUCAUUACAAAAGACGAGACAUCAAUUCCAUUAUCAAAUGGAACGAUCGACGUCAAUAUCGAAUAUGAAUUAGAAAAUGAAAGUCAAGAAUUUAAAGAUGUUGUUAUUUCCAUUCCAUUACCUCCUACAGGAAAUCCUGUUAUUGGUGAUGUCGAUGGUCAUUAUGAAGUAAAUAGGCAAACUAGAACUCUAGAAUGGCAAUUGCCUAUUAUUGACACAUCUAACAAACAAGGGUCACUUGAAUUCAAUAUUGCCGGUGAUGACGUUAAUGUGUUUUUCCCAGUCAGCGUUUCAUUUAUAAGUGAAAAAUUGAUUUGUGAUAUAGAAGUAUUGGAUGUAAUCCAUACCGAGUCAGGAGCCUCUGUGACCUUUUCUAAAGAAAAGACUUUGUCAGCUGAGGAAUAUCAUGUUGUGUAA